AUGACGACAAGCCGGCGGCCGCCCGAGCGGCUGCACCAGGUGGGGACCGCCGCCAAGGUCGUUCGCAAGAUAAACCUGCCCGAUGGCGGGUUGAACGUGUUCAUCUCCACCAUCACCCGCUUCCGGAUCGCCAAGAUCAUGGACCCCGGUCCCCCGCUGGUUGCCGCCACGCAGCACCUCGACGACAGGAACCUGGACAGUGACGAGGUGCACGCCCUGGCACGGGCGUUGAUCUCCGAAAUGAAGCAGGUAUCCGAAGGCAACCCGCUGUUCUCCGAAGAGAUGCGGCUGAACAUGGUGAACAUCGACCAGCCAGGGAAGAUCGCGGACUUCCUGGCGUCGAUCCUGAACAUCGAACGCCAGCAGCAGCAGCACAUCCUGGAGCAGCUCGACGUGCGCGAGCGCAUGGAGCAGGUGCUGGUCUUCAUCAAGAAGGAGCAGGAGCUGCUGAAGAUCCAGAAACGGAUCCAGGGCGAGCUGGCAGAGAAGAUCUCCAAGAGCCAGCGGCAGUACUUCCUGAAGGAGCAACUGAAGGCGAUCAAGGCCGAGCUCGGCAUGGCGGUGGCCGAGCGGGUGUCGGACGAGCUGGAGAAGUUCGCGCUCAUGGACCCGAGCUCGGCCGAGUUCGUGGUCACGCGCAAUUACCUGGAGACGAUCGCGACCCUGCCGUGGGCGGAUCCGGAGCCGGACCGGAUCGACCUGAAGCGCGCCGCGGCCGCGCUCGACGCCGACCACUACGGACUGGACGACGUCAAGGAGCGCACGCUCGAGUACUUGGCCGUGCGCAAGCUCAAUCCGUCCAGCCGCGGGUCGAUCCUGGGGCUGCGCCUGGGACGGGAGUUCUUCCGCUUCUCCGUGGGCGGCAUGCGUGACGAGGCGGAGAUCAAGGGCCACCGCCGUACCUACGUGGGCGCCAUGCCGGGCAAGAUCAUCCAGGGACUGCGCAUCGUGAAGACGCGCAACCCGGUGUUCAUGAUCGACGAGAUCGACAAGCUGGGCAUGUCGUUCCAGGGCGAUCCCUCAUCGGCGUUGCUGGAGGUGCUCGACCCCGAACAGAACGCCGCAUUCCGCGAUCACUAUCUCGAUCUGCCGUUCAACAUCUCCGAAGUGCUGUUCAUCGCCACCGCCAACACGCUGGACACGAUCCCGGCGCCCCUGCUGGACCGCAUGGAGAUGAUCCACCUGUCCGGUUACAUCGACACCGAAAAACUGGAGAUCGCGCGCCGAUUCAUCAUUCCCAAGUCGAUCGCCCGGGCCGGGCUGCCGCGCGGCUCGGUGCGCUAUCGGCGCAACGCGCUGCUGACGAUCGCCGACGGCUACGCGCGUGAUGCUGGCGUGCGCAAUUUCGAGAAGGCGCUGGACAAGAUCCAUCGCAAGAUCGCCCGCACGGUGGUGGAGACGGCCCCGGACCCGGGCGAUGGCGCCGGCGCGCCGUUUGUGAUCGACCGCGAUCAGGUCGGCGACUACCUCGGCAAACCCAUCUUCCGCGACCACGAUCGGCGCCGCACCAUGCGUCCCGGCACCGCGACCGGUCUGGCGUGGACGCCGCUCGGCGGCGCCGUGCUUACCGUGGAGGCGCUGGGCACCAAGGGUCGCGGCGGUUUCAAACUGACCGGGCAACUGGGCGACGUCAUGCAGGAGUCGGCCAGCAUCGCCUACUCCUGGACACGCCAGGCAGCGCGGCGAUCGGCAUAG